GUGUAAAUGUGUGCGUGCCUGCGAGAAACGAGAACGCGAGUGCACUGUGCGAGCUGUUGGCAAAGUGCGUGUGCAGAUGUGUGCGUCUUAAUGCAAGUGUUUGAUGUUUCUGGUCAAAUGAAGGCCUCCUAAUCUUGGAGCAACAAUAGACGCCCCCCCCCCCCCCCCCCCCCCCCCGCGUGGGCCGAGUGCUAAUCUUCUGGCCGGGUUAAUUGGAAGGAUGCCCGCCCCCAUCGCCUCAAACUGAUUUCCUGAUGAAAGCUUUUAAUUAAAAUGAAACUACUUUUCAUGGCUCUUGGCAUAAGGGGGCUUGUCACCCCCCCCCCCCCCCCCCCUCUUCAUCUUCCUUUCGGCUGCUGCGCCAUCUUCCAGGGAUUCCCUUCUUGUGCCCAUAAGCAGCGUGUACGUGUUGGAUUGUGUGUGUGUGUGUGAUUGUGUCGGUACACUAGGGGGGAAAAAAAAGGCCUUUGAAUUUGCUUAAUGCGGACAUGUACAUGGGUUGCACCUGACAAAAAAGGCUUCAACUGCCAAGCCGAGUGGAUUUGUAUCCCCCUCACUCCAAAUCCAGUUGACGAAGAUCGACAUCGCUUGAGCUAAACCCUAACCCAACCGGGCAGGGAAGAACUCCAAAGUCCAUUUUGGGGAAAAAGAAGCAACCUUGUCCAGUGGGCAACGUUGCAAUUGAAAGAGACGACGCCUUGUGGGAAGCGCUUCAGCCCUUGAGGAAUCGUAGCCUCCUGCCGGAGGAAAGGUCCUCCCCCUCUCGCGUCCCUCCUCUCGCCGCCUUCCCGUCGCUCCUGUUGAGAAGUUUCGGCGGCCGGACGGAAGAUGGACGCGGUCCGCGGGCGCGCGCCGGGCGUGCUGGUGGCGGUGGCGCACGGCGCGUCGUCGGCGAGCCUCAACAUCAUGCUCAAGUUCCUCAUCAGCAGCCUGCACUUCCGCUUCCUCACCUUGCUCCAGCUGGCCACGUACGCCGCCGCCGCGCUCGGCCUGGAGACCCUCCGGAGGCUCGGGAGGGUUUCCGUGCCCCCGUUCAGCCUCAGCCUCUCCAAGGAGUUUGCGCCGGUGUGCAUCCUGUCGACGCUCCAGUCGACGCUGACGCUGUGGUCGCUGCGCGGCCUGAGCCUGCCCAUGUACGUGGUGUUCAAACGCUGCCUGCCGCUCUUCACGCUCUCCAUCGGCGUCUGCGUCCUCAGGGAUGGCGCGCCCUCGCCCGGCGUCAUCGCCGCCGUCGUCAUCACCACCGGGGGCGCCGCGCUUGCCAGUGCGGGAGACUUGAGCGGUGACCCGUUCGGGUACGUGACGGGCGUCCUGGCGGUCGCGGUCCACGCCUCCUACCUGGUCGUUAUCCAGAAGACCAGUCUGGAGAGCCAGCACGGACCGCUCACCGCGCAGUACGCCAUCGCCGUCAUGGCCACACCGGUCCUGCUGGCGUGCACCCUGAUCUCAUCCGACGCCGUGGCCACGUGGUCGUACUCGGGCUGGAGCGACGCUCGCGUCUUAGCCUUGUUCCUGUCCAGUGUGACCUUCGGAUGCGCCAAAAACUUCACCACCUACCACUGCACCUACCUCAACUCGGCCGUCACCACCAGCUUCGUGGGCGUGGUCAAGAGCGUCAUCACCAUCACGGUGGGCAUCGUGGCUUUUGACGACAUGGCGCCCACCGCGUUGUUUCUGGCCGGUGUGGCGGUCAAUACGGCGGGCUCCGUCAUCUACUGCGUGGUCAAGUUCUUCGAGAUCAAGAAGAAGGGUUCUUAUGACCACCUGGAGGGCAGCACCAAGGACGGUGCGGCGGCGGCGGCGCCCCCUGGCGAGCCGUACCUCCAGGUGGACGAAGCGGGUGUCGACCGCGAGGUGAGGGGCGCGUCCUCCUGCGUGAUGAAGGAUAAGGACACGGCAGAGAUGCACAAGGAGCACCCCGACAAGGACGCGGCCCUCUCGGGGCAGGCGGCGGGCAACUAUGUCGGCGUGUGGCACUCCAUCAGACAGCCGCACUUUGCCAAGGAUGACGCCCUUGUCGACAACAUGGAGCAGCAGAGCCCCUAACGGGUGCUCGUGGUUCCGGCUGACGCGCUCCUCGCCUACAUUGGCGCGUUGCGGGGCUAACUGCACAUUCCUAGCAUGAUUAGAAACAAAAGAAUGCCAAAAAAGAAAACAGCCAAUCGGGGAAGGUAAAAAAGAAACUUUUUUCCACUGGUGAGCUAGCAGAGCUAAGCUACUUGUGCGAUCUGUCGCUUGCGUCUGCGGCGUUUUGUUUCGUGUGUUCGUCACGUCUGACGUCGGUGAUGUCAAUCGAUGCUCGUUUUCGCUCUUUCUGCUCGUGUUUAUUUUCCAUACGGACGCCGUUAGCUUAGCAUUAGCAGUCUUCUGAGCUUAACCUUCUGUGGCUCGAGAGCUUUUAUUUUUAUGCUAACACGAAGAGGCAUGAUGACCAUGUUAGCGUUAGUGCGCGUGCGCUCGCUAAUGCUAAUGGAUGAUGAAGCGGGAGUCAAAGAAAGAUGUAGGAGGCAUGAUGUUGUUGUGUGUGUGUGUGAGACCUCCUGACAGGUGGCAGCACCCCCCCCCCCCCCCCCCAGGCUUUAAAAACAGGAAAUAAGAAGCUAUGAUUGCUAUUGAUUUUUUCCAAAGAUCAUUUGAAGGCAACAAGACGUGCGCGUGCACAUGACGAUGAGCACCAACACUCACAACACACACACACGCAAUGACCAGUAAGUGUGUGUGUGUGUGUGUGUACACUUGUUCGUGUGUGUUCAUGCCCUCGUAUGUGUGUGUGAGAAUUUGUGUGUGCGCCAGGGUCGUCAGUAGGUUUUAUGGAUAGGGGGGCUUGGCCCCUCGGAGAGGCCCUAACCCCGAGCAAAUGUAGCGCACGAGCACACAUUUCACAAACGGCUAACGGAAAAUGAGAAAUUGCAUAUUAAUGUUUUUGGACAGAAAAGAAUACAAUAUCGAGUCAAAGUUCAAAGUCACCGUUAGAUUUAUUGUGUUAUUUCAGUGUGUUUUUUUUUUAAAUACAGUACACAAACACAGGAAUUAUGUUUACAGCCUUAACCCCCAAAAAAGACAAAAAUAUGUAUACCUAGUUAAAGCGUAUGCAAAAAAAGGCGAGCCCACCCUUUUCAAUUCACGACAAAUGACACAGAAGGUUUUCCCUUCGAGUCACUGAUGGCAUCGUUGUACGUUGGCCCGACGUGGGCGCAGGCAGUGCGGGUUGAGUUCCCACUCAGUGACGGUGUGAAUGUGAAUGCGAACACUUGUCUGUGUCUAUACGGGAAUGUGCCCUGUGACUGACUGGCGACCAGUUCAGGGCGUAGUCUGCCUUUUGCCCAAAGUCGCCCCGCGACCCCGAACAAGAUAACUGAUAUUGAGAACGGAUGGAGUACCCGGAGAAAAGCCACGGAGGCACGGGGCGAACAUGCAAACUGCACACGGGCGAGGCCGGAUUUGAACCCGCAACCUCAGCGUUGUAAGGCAGGUGUGCUCACCGGUCGUUUUUUGGGGCACAUAUGGGACUAAAAUGGUUUAGAGAAAAAAAAUCCUCAAUUACUUUUAAAUGAAAUCAUAAAGUCAUAUUAAAGUGGUCUUGAAAAUAGGUUAAUUUGGCUCGUAUUCAUCUCUCGGCUCUCUCUACUGUCUUAUCAUGACUUGACUAAAUCAUAUUUAAAGCGAAAUAAGUCUUGUACAAUGUUUCAUAUUUCAUAUCCAUAUUGAGUUCCAUAUGAUUCACAAAUGGCUUUGUUCUGAGACUCACAUUUGCAGUAGUCGCCGUCCUUUGUUAUUCUCUCUGAUUCCUACAGUUGAAUAGGGCCGGAGGAGUGAUUAUUCAAAUGAAAUGAAAUGAAAAGAAUGAAGGAUGGACAUAAGAAAGUAAGUCUUCAUCACUGCUGGUAGUAACAGUGAGUUAGUUCUAACAGCAGAACGUCCCGUGCUACUACUAACGAGCUCGUCAACUGAACCACUUGCCAACUGAACUUGCAAGUCGGCACCCGCGGAUUCACCUAUCUGCCGAUGUUUCGAUUUUCAAUUUUGUCCGUUUUUUUAAAUUAUUUUUCUUAUUUUUUGUAGGUGGGAAUCAUCCCCGAAACCGCUUAUUGGUGGUUUAUCACUGCUUAUUACAUAUUUUGGGGGGGUUAAAAAUAUAUAUAUACAAAUUCUGAAAACAACCAAAUCAUGAGAGGGGUGCUUAAGAACACUGGCUUGAUUUGACGCUUAUUCAAGUUUGUGUUUUUGUUUGCGUGUGUGUGUGUUGUUGAAAUCUCGUCAGCAUGAUGACGAUGGAUUUAUUCAUGAAUUAUUCAUUAAAAAAAUGACAAGGUGUGACUUGCA